AUGCCGCCCUCAUCCUCAAACACCGCAAGAGCUGCUCCGGCUGGCCCGAAGCCGCUCUUCGGUGUAGAGAUCGAGAUCUACGUCAAGGUCCUCCCGUCCGUGGAGGAUAGGAUCCGGGCAAAGCAGCGGAGCAACUACAACUCGCUGCCGGAGCACUGGAGAUAUUACGACUUCGAUCUGAAGAACGGCACCGGAAACGUCGAGGGAAAGGCCUUCCAACGCAAGCACGUCGGGAACGCCAUCCAGUCUAUCAUCGACACAGCCCUGGGUUCGGGCAAUGGCUGGCAUUGCGAGGCGGAUGCCAGUCUGAAGGAGUACCAGCUCGAGGCCCCUCCCGACCCCAGGAAAUGGUGGGGUAUCGAGAUCAUCUCGCCGCCCCUGUCGGUUGCGACCGAAUGGCAGGAAGAGAUCGAGACGGUCUUCGCGGCCGUCGGCAAGCAGUUCGACUUUUGGACCAACGAGUGCUGCGCCUGCCACGUCCACGUGUCGCCAGGCCCUAAGAAGAGCAACAAGUACACCUCGGACCAGCUCGUGAAGAUGGCGAAGGGCGCCUACUUCUGGGAGGAUGCUCUGUGCGACCUGAUCCCGCCGGAGCGUCGCCAGAACCGCUACGCGAAUGCCAACUGGACCGUCUACGCCACGGAUGAAUACCGAAAUGUCCAGUAUGAUGGAUGGGGACCUAUUUUCUCCAAGUUGUCGACAUCCAUCCAAGGCCGGGGUGGGCUGGAGAACUUCAUCUACCUCAUGAAGGGCGGCGCGAACGAAACCCGGUACAUUUCGACCAGCUUUGCCCCCUUUGAGCGGUUGGGUACCGUCGAGCUGCGUCGCCAGGCUGGCGCGGCCUCUGCAUACACUGUGAUCCAACGCGUGCUCCUAGCCGUUACGUUUCAUGUCAGCGCCUUGCGCUACGACUUUGCCGGGGCUGCGAGCCGGCGGGAUGUCCCUUACGGUGAUGAGUUGAUCCGCGAGCUCGCCGGUUGCAUCAAGAAACUCCCUGACACUUGCCACGGCUACCGUUUUGUCGCCUGGCUCAAGUGGUGCCUCGAUUCGUAUGAAGAUGAAAAGUUCUACACCGAGAAACAAAUCAACAGUCGCGAGCGCGCUCUGCGGCGUGGAGACGACCCGCCCGAUCAGCGCUCCUCCCGACCUGGGCUCCCCGCUCCGCGCGCAUCCGGCGGGCGCCCACCCUCAUCCGCUUCAGCUUCCCGCCCACCGGCGCGAUCCUCUACCCGUCCACCUGCUUCCGGUCGGCGCUCUCCGUCUCCACGCCGCCCCCUUGCUGGCAGCCGUCGCAACCGCCAAACGGACAGCGGCCGCGAUUCCCCCGACGAGCGCGUCCCGCCCCGUCCAUCACGCCGGCGUGACGAGUCGCCGGAUGACUACCCGGGGUACAUGAAUCGCGCUUCAGCGUCCCGUCCAUCACGCCGGCGUGACGAGUCACCAGAUGACUAUCCCCGCCCACUCACCCAUCGCCCGCGGCUCCCUAGCGCACGUCAUGAGGGAUACGUUGAGCAACCGUACCCGCCGCAGGGUUAUCCACCGCAGGGUUAUCCGCCGGGUUAUCCCCCACAGGGCUAUCCCCCGGGCUAUGGAGGAGGCCCCUAUUAA